GAGUUGUUUGCCUGAGCCCCGGCCGCCAGACUCUCCGAGGGAGCCCCGCCAGCUCGCGCCGGGCCGGGUUGAGCUGGGCCGCCCGGGUCACGCCGGCGCUCGCGAGCGGAGCGCGGCGGGGAGUGCACCAUGGACCCCAAGGCGGGUGGCGGCGAGGAGGAUGACUGCGUGGACUCGGGCGCCGAGACUGGAGGGUCCGACUACAGCCAUGUGUCCUCCACCAGCAGUGAGUACUCCACGGAGGAGGCGCAGGACCCUUUCCUGGUCAGCAUCCACAUCAUCGCAGACCCAGGGGAAUCCCGCCCCCUGCAGGAGGCCAUCGACAAGGUCUUGGCAUGGAUCCACCCGGACCUCCCGCUGUUCAGGGUCUCGGAAAGGCGGGCGUGCCGCCGGCGGAGGAGGGCCCCCAAGGCGGCACAGCCGGCGCUGGCGGUGGUGCUCUUCCUGCAGGAGGAAUACGGCGAGGAGCCGAUCCUGCAGCUGCACCGCACGCUGCAGCGGCCGCCCUGGCGCCACCACCACACGGAGCGCGUGCCCAGCAGGUUCCUGCCCUACCUGCCCUGCAGCCAGGACUUCUUCACGCUGGCCCCGGGGACGCCUCUCUGGGCCAUCCGGCCCGUGCACUACGGCAAGGAGAUCGUGCGCUUCACCAUCUACUGUCGCCAUGACAACUACGCCGACAUCCUCAAGUUCUACGAGCUGAUCCUCAGGCGGAGCCCCAGUCAGAAGAAAGCGGACUUCUGCAUCUUCCCCAUUUUCUCCAAUCUGGACGUGGACAUCCAGUUCUCCCUCAAGAGACUGCCCUGUGACCAGACCCCGGUCCCCACCGACUCCUCCGUGCUGGAGUUCCGGGUCAGGGACAUCGGCGAGCUGGUGCCACUCUUGCCCAACCCUUGCAGCCCCAUCAGUGAGGGGCGCUGGCAGACCGAGGACCAUGACGGCAACAAGAUCCUUCUGCAGGCACAGAAGGGGCACAGGAAGCGCCCUAAACUCGGCAGGGCUCACCAGGCCUCAGAGCAGAAACCUGGCUCCACGUCUUCCCCGGGCGCCACUGCGCAGAGCCGGACCCCAGGCCGCCCGCAGCCACCACUGGACGCAUCACACCCGGGGCUCGGCCAGGCAGGUCCAUCUACCAGGCACCCGCAGGAAUUUGCCAGGCGUGCCACCUGCCCUCCCAGCCUGCCCUGGUCUUUCCAGAGAAGCAAGUCCUUGUUUUGUCUGCCCACCGGAGACCCCUCCCCGGCCAACGCGGCAGAAGCGCAGCGGUCUGCAAGCUCAGGCGGCGGAGGACAGAGGGCGCCGGAGCGGGGGCACGGCCACCUCCUCUCCAUCGAUGACCUGGAGGGGGCCCAGGAGACGGACGUGGACACCGGGCUGCGGCUCUCCUCCUCCGACCUGUCCGUGGUCUCUGCCUACUCGGCACCCAGCAGGUUUUGCAGCCCCGAGGAAGCACCGCGCCCCCCGGAACGAGGCAGCGGCCUCUGGUCAGAGCGCAGGGGCUUCAGAGAAGGACCCCUGCCCACUGGGGGCGGCGAGACCACGGGGGGCCCCUGGGCCACCCUCCCUCUCUUCAAAGGGCCUUCGGGCUCCUCGGCCACAGCCGUCACCGCUCCCCCAGCUUCAGACACCUCCUCGCUCACAGAGUCACCCCGAGAACACCCUUCCCAUGCCCCCCAGGCCGGGCAGACUGGCAGAGACGUCCCAGCACCCUCAGUGCUGGCCGGAUGCGGGGACAAUGACACGGAGGAAUUCUACAUCUGAGCACCCCCCACUCGUGUCUUUCAGAGCCACAGGCUCAGGUCCCACCUUGCCCUUCUGGGGUCUGGUGCCAUCGUGUUCUCAGCCCAGCUCCCCCAGGCCCGUCUGGAGUCUGAUGAUCUGUCUCAUGGGUCACUAACACCCUUGCAGGCCAGCCUUUCUCGCCCGUGAGGUGGUGUAUUUCUAGGGGCUCAAUGGCAUUUUAAGAGUCGAUAAAGACACUGGGAUUUUUAUGCAAAUAGAUUCUCAACAAACUUUUAGGUCAUAAAAUAUAUUUUUUAAAUACUCAAUUCCAUUUGGGAUAUGGUUUAAUGCACUUACCUAAUUUAAAUGCUUCCUAUAAUUAUUUGAAAAGAAAACCUAGUCAGCUGGAGCUGAUUGCACAAUUUUUCAUGACAUGAAGGAAAAACAACUAAAGCCAAAAUGCUCAAUGUGAGAAAGAUAGCAAGCAACUUGGAGGAGAGGUCAGUGCUCGUGAUGUAUACCUUAGUGGAUUCUCCGUUUCUGUUUACCCUACCAGGGAGCAGUGGCCCUGAGGAUUUCUAGGAACUGUUACAGUGAAAAGAGUCACCUUAGUAAAACAGUAGAUAUAUAAUCAGACUAUAGUAAGACCUCACUUCAGCACUCAUAUCACUACAGUGAUGCCACGCACCAUCCAAAAAUCAGCAUUUAUGCAAAAGUGGCUAAUAAGCUUUAUACAGAUUGAGCCCAAAUAACAGACUCUUGGUACAUCUAAAAUACGAUCUGAGCUCCAAGAACUAAAUUUAAAUGCACUUUUCAAACACAUGCACUGUAACAAGUCGGGAGUCUACAAAAGACCACUACCUGGAUUUAUUUGGACCACUGAGGAUAGAUCGUUCAUGCUUCCAUGUUUAAAUCCACAAUUUAAGGGCUAUCUAGACAGGUACAUGUAAAUGGGCCACUUUUUAUACUGCUUUCUCCAGUAAACAUGCAUUGUCAUUUUUUCAUUUUUAAACAAUUUGUAGCAGUUUUAACUGGCGUUUUCAUGGCACUGAGUCAUAAAUGCCCUCCCCUGUUCUCCAAGUGGGAAGCUUUACACAAGAUGCCGUCCUGAACCAACACUGCUGCCCGUGUGCAGAGGAGCCUGAGUUAAAGCUGGAGCUCUGACCUGACCUUGGUCUUGCCUGUGGUCGCCUGCCUCUGUCGCAGCGUGAAUGGUAUUCAAAUCUCGCGUCUCUCCCACUCCAGCAAGGGAAUGUUUACAAUCAGCAGUGCCAAGUGCUGGCAUCAGGAGCCACACCAAGCUGUCCCUGGUUGCCGUGCACCUUUGGAGAAGAAGAGUGUGGACUUGCCGAGGUCCCGUCCCACCCUGGUGCUCCUCGCCUGGAUGACUCAUGGCCCAGUUUACACCUCCCUGGAAGCAUCCACACCAGCCUUCAGAAUCCUCCUCAACACAAUCCUCCCAGCAGCCCUCACUAGUCAUCACACUUGAGCCAAAGUCUUUGCUGUCCCUGUAAUGAGAACCUUCGCUCCUACCCCGAACAGCCUGGACACUCCAGGAUUGUUGUUGUUUAGUCACUAAGUUGUGUCUGACUCUUUGUGACCCCAUGGACUAUAGCCCGCCAGGUUCCUCUGUCCAUGGGAUUCUCCAGGCAAGAAUACUGGAGCAGAGUGCCAUGCCCCCUCCAGGGGAUCUUCCCAACCCAGGGAUCAAACCUGUGUCUUCUCUGUCUCCUGCAUUGGCAGGUGGAUUCUUUACCACUGAGCCACCAGGGAAGCCCUUUCAGGACUACAGAUGACAAUACUGUACUCUGAUUUAAUUACAUAAAAUUAUGAUCUUUUAUAAUUCUACACCAGGAGUGAGCAAACUUUUUAUAAAGGGCUAAAUAAUAAAUAUUUUAGCCUUUGCCAGUCAUACGGUCUCUGUCGAAACUACUGAACUCUGUCAUGAUAGUGUGAAAGCAGCCAAGGAUAUGUAAAUGAAGGGAAGCGGCUGAGUUCCAAGAAAAUUUAUUUUACAAGAACAGGUGGAGGGUCAGAUUUGGCCUGAGAGUCAUAGUUGGCCAGCCCUUGUGUUUGACUGAGGUUGAUUUGAGACUUGAGAUCUCAGCCACAGUCAAUGAUGAAGAAUGGAGGUCUGCAUCCCUUUGUAGCUGUGAUGCCCAAGACCAAGAAAACACGCUCCUGGGACCACGCUGAUGACUACAGAACCACAGGGCUCAGAGCAGUAUGGGGCUUCUUUCUGCAGCAAUGAUGCCUAGAAAGUCACUGGCUUUCUACCUGCUGCUAGGAAAUGGGACUCACAGCCUGUAGCUGAGGAUGCAAAGCAACAUGCUAACCAUUCAGGUGCUGACGUAGCCCCCAAGGACCAGGAGGCAAGCUCAGGACAGUAAAGUCACUGGGGCAUCCAUGAGUGGAGCCAGCCAGGCGAUGGCUCCUCCAGUCUUCACCCUUCAGCAGCACCCUUAGCUCAGAACAUUCACACCCACACCCUACGGAUGCUUCGGAGCCAAUUCGGAUGCAGUCUGCCUUCACCCUUUCUCACUGACUCCCCCACUGCAGCACAGUGCAGUCUACCAAACUGAGCGCCAGCAAAGGGUGUCAGCAAACCUCUUCCACAACAGGAAAUGCAAGAUGCCCCCGUAACACAAGAAGGGAGAGAAGACCGCACAUCCUCACUCAGACUUGCCCCUCCCUGCAGACAGCAGUCUCUCUGGGGAGGAGGGGCUCCAGAGGCACUCCUGGGGCUCAGCUCCCCUUGCUGACCCACCUCCAGUGCUGUCCUCAUCCAGGAGGGCUCCUGAUACUCCCUGGGGAAUCCUCUCCCUUUCAGAUUAUUAUUGUGAUAGAUGCUUGCCGGCAUACAGUAGGUGCUCAAUAAAUUUGUUCAAUUUUUAAAAGC